CUUCUACUACGUCGAAUGCAGCUGCUUCCCACCUCUAACCCCUUGUUUGAAAGAGUUUUCUUCUGUUACGAUGACUUGGCAGCAGUAAUUUUUCGGUGUGGCGCGACGUCCCAUCGAUCGCAGAAGAACGCAUGUCACGACCCAUGGAUUCAUCAAGACUAAUUGUAAACUCAUCAAACAGGUGUACUACUGAUAGUUUUGUAUGAUUUUGAAUUCAUCCAACAGUACUACCAAAGCUAGUUAUUUUGUAAUCAGCUUAUAACCGUCUGAUGUCGUGCUUCUACGGUGAUCAAGAGCGAUCACAUCAGAAGCACACAUAUAGUGUAUAAGCUUGGACGGCAUUGUAAACUGAGAACGCAACGAUGCGCGUUUUCGGUUCAUACUGUUUUUUAUUCGCAGCAUGUUGAUGAGGAUGAGCUACUCAGGUGUACAUUGAAUAGAGUUA